AUUUGACAGCGUCGAAGUCUGUGUUUGCUGUGAAAUGCGACAUCAGUCAUCAGGCUGCAGCAAUCUUGGUGAAACCCUGAAACUGAACCCACUUCAGGAGGAUUGUAAUGCUGUGAGACUGACUUUAAAGGACCUGUUAUUCAGUGUGUGUGCUCUCAACAUCAUUUCUACCAUUGUUUGUGCUUUGGCUACAGCUAUGUGCUGUAUGCAGAUGGUUUCUUCUGAUGUGUUACAAAUGUUUCUUCCACAGAGAUCACAUUCCACAAACCCAGACUGUAUGACUCCCCAUGGAACCAUUCUCCACCAGACCUUGGAUUUUGAUGAAUUCAUACCUCCAAUACCUCCCCCACCCUAUUACCCACCAGAGUAUACCUGUACACCCAUGAUAGAAGCUCAAAGAGGACUUCACUUGGAAUUUCCUAAUUCUCCAUUCAGUACUUUGUAUGAGGUUGCCAUCAACAGUCCUGGGAUGCUUUAUCCAACAGAACUCCCUCCUCCAUAUGAAGCAGUGAUUGGACAGACACUUGCAAGCCAGGUUACCAGUCUAGACCAUCAAGUAACUGAAUCGAGCUUGGGGGAUCAAAAUACAACUGCUGGUUUCAGCACGCAAGUUUCCGUUGAUAGUACUUCUCUUUUGGUGUCUGAAGUUGCUGACAUUCCAGAUCAUAGCUACUCCUCUGAGGACCUUUGUUCUUUGGAAGUUCAAGGCUCUCUCCGUUCUGCAGACUUUUCUCCAUAUGGUACAAUCCGUAAAGCAGCCACGGACAGUAGCUGUACCAGCUUGGAUCGCAGCAUGCGAUGCAGGUUCCACAGGACUCACUCACCAUGUUCCCCCAUGGAGGCUAGAGGCUGCCGGCACAGAGCCUCUCUAGACAGAUCUCAGAUCCAGGACUAUGAGAGCUCUCCUCAGAGAUCUCCAGACUGUUCUGAGAAUUACAGCUUUUCAGAGUCCCAGGGCUCUGUGCGGGAGAAUCAAUCACAGCCACAGUUGAAACAGAUGAAAAUGUGUUGUGGGACCUUUAGCCAGUCUUCUGCAACUCAUUCCCAGUCCUCUCUCUGUUCAGUUCCUGCAAAUACUUCAUCACACCAUGGCUGCUUAGAGAGAACUGUUCCUCCAAGACGCGUUAGGAAAAAACGAAUUUCAAAUAUUGUCCGAUCUACCAGUGAUCCUAUUUCAUGUUCAUCCAGCACAGAAGGAGAUACCUCUUCCUACCCACCUUUAUUUAGCCAGCAUCAUGAAGCAGGAAUAUCUCAGUGGGAUUUAGAGACAGUUUCCAUUUCUAGCUCUCACAUGGCUGCUUCUGCUUAUCAGGACCAUUUUUUGCCAGCUGGAAAACAAAGAGAUACCAGGAAAGUUGACCAACAAUUAAAGCCAAAGGCCUUACAGACCAUCUCAAAAGAGCAGCCACCCUCUUUAGUGGACCUUAAGGCCUAUAAAGACACAAAAAUUUUGGUGGCUAAGUUUUUGGAACAUUCAAACUGUAAUCUCCCUCCAGAAGUGGAGCAUGCGGUGAACACUAUCCGAUCAGUCAUCAAAUCUGAUGAACGACACAUGGAAGAAGCCAUCUUCAGUGCCAACAUUAUAGACCAGGUCAUUGCCAGUUCUCAGCAGAAUGUGACUCUCUGUAGAAAACAGCUUCAAGAAGACCUCCAUCUGCAAAGCUGUGGUGCCCUGAGCUCCCCACUUGCUUUCUUGCACAGGGUACACCUCCCUCUCAGUCUAGAAGGAAACAGCCCCCAGAGUUUUGUUGAAGCUUGCCGGGAGACCAUAAUUUGAUAUUGAAUUACAUGGACCUGGGGAAAACUGAUCCUGAACAGAACAUUGAAUUUUGCCUUCCCAGACCUGAAUGACCACCUCAGAGGAGGGUGGGUUAUGGGGG